UGACCCGUUAUUUGGCGCCCGUUGUGAUCACGUGAUCAGGUGUUGGCGUGUCCUGUGCGGAGCUCCAUUCUUACCAUAGAGAAGAGGAGAGGAGCGCCAUGCCGAACAAGAAGGCCUCACGGAACGCCUAUUUCUACUUCGCCCUGGAGAUGAUCCCGGAGCUGAAGCGGAGAGGUCUGCCGGUGUGCGGGGUGAAGGACGCCAUUCCGUACUGCUCCGGGGACUGGGCGUUGCUGUCGGUGGAAGAAAAAGAGAAGUAUGCUGAAAAAGCCAAGGAGUGGAGGAAUCGGGAGGAUCCCCCCAGUCCUCCGAGGUCCCGCACAGGUGUCACCCGAGGAAAAGGUGGUUCUUUGGCAGCACAAGUUACUGACGUAUUGGCGCGAAGUAAGGAAGAGGCAUCUAGACAUCAAGAUCAAGUUAGAUAUCAUGAGAGACUGUAUAGAAAAUCUGAAGAUUUGGAGAGAAAAGUAAUUUACGUCAUAAAUAUUUUCAGCCAUGGAGACAUGCCCACUGCAUGUGAACAGAGGUUUGUGCCCUGUGAGAUUGGCUGCGUGCGCUACUCGCUGCAAGAAGGAAUUACGGAUUCUUUCCAUGAUUUCAUAGACCCAGGAGAGUUGCCUUUUGGUUUCCGUUACCACUGUCAGGCUGGAAGUGCUGCUACCCAUCAGAUUCCGGUGUCUGGAUUUGAGCUUGCAAACCAUAACUAUCACAAACUGUACCGUUCGCUCUGUGACUUUAUAUGUCCAAUGCCUUCUCUACAAGUACAAAUUUAUUGCAGGACUAAUGACAUGUACAGAGUGAAAUGGUGUCUUCAGUGGCUUGCUUAUAAAGCUGGCAUGGAUAACCGUUUUGAAUUGUUGGAUCUAGAAAGUUUAAUAUUGAAAUACUUUAGAGACAAACUUGGUGAGGAGCCUUCAAAAUCCACUGUGAAUCGGCUACUGGAAGUCGUUCAUUGGGAUUACGCCAGCAACACCAGGUGCAAAUGGCAUGAGGAGAAUGACAUGUGGUACUGUGCUCUUGCCAGCUGCAAGAAAGUUACCUACUGUAUCAGCAAAGCCUUGGCCUCAGUUUAUGACGUGACUCUUACACCGUCUCACUUGCCCAGCCCAACUCCAAAAGCGAGGUGGUCGUCUGGUGAUAAUAAAACCAUCAUCCUCGAUGCUAAAAGAUUCCAGAAAAAAAGUGAUCGUCUGCGUUUCACUGACAAUUUGGAUUCUGCAGGGGCUGCUUGUGGAGCCAGUACUUCCGGGAUGAAUGGAGCGGCUUCCUUUAAUCCCAGGAGAGGGCGAGGAAGAGGAAUUCUGAGACUAUUAGAGGAAAUGCCAGAUUUUAACCCUACUGAAGGAUAAACAUUUUGUGAUUUAAUGUUGAAUGGUUAAUUUCAGUUUCUUGCAUCCCUGCACUGAAAGUUGGUUAUCCAAAAUCUUGCCUUUUCCUAAAGAUGAAAACCUUUUGAUUUA